GACAGAACCCGCCUCUCUCCUGCCCACAGCCAAUCAGCACCAAGCACAAUUCUUCACAUGAGGACAGCCGGGGGCGGGCCUUGGUGGGAUGCCGGCGGCCCACCCACCCUAGGAGAUUUUCGAAUUCUGUUGGCCGGAGACGGCCAAGCGCCAGCCAAUGGCUGAGCUCCGCUACGGCUAAGUCCCACCUUUUCCCAGCCGCCCGCCUUUGAAGUGAGGGAGCUGGGCGCUUUCUCCGCGCGCCAUUGGCCGCGGCAGCCCGCCACUCUCCUGACGUCCGCGCUCGACUUGGUGAUUGGUUCCGCCCAGGCGCGAAAUGUAACGCGGGAAAGUCUUGGAUUCGGUGGCGGCGGCGGCGGUCAGGGUUGCGGCCGCUGCUGGGUGACAAGCCGCGUGUGGGAAGAGGCCGCGGCUGCUUCGGGGUUGGCGGCGUCCCUGAGGGGAAAAGCUCUGCCUGCUUCGCGGCCAUGCACCCCUGAGGCGUCCCCUCAGGCACCGGAGAAGAGCCGAGGGCGGCGGCGGAGCGGAGCGUGCGAGAGGGCGACUCCCGGCGCAGGAUGUCGGAGCGGCCGGGCCUCCCCGCGCCCGCCCUCCUGUGCCCGGGCGACUCCCCGAAGCGCGUCCUGGUCUCGGUCAUCAAGACCACCCCCGUCAAGCCGCCCCGCGGAGCCGACGGCCGCGCGCCCCCGCCGCCGCCCAUCCCCACCAGCCCGGGCUUCAGCGACUUCAUGGUCUACCCGUGGCGCUGGGGGGAGAACGCGCACAACGUCACCCUCAGCCCCCCGCCGGCCACGCCGCAGCCUCUCCGCGAUGGCGGAGGAGGUGGAGGAGGAGGAGCAGGCGGCGGCGGCGUCCGUGGAGCCGCGGGGCGCUCGGGCGGAGAGGACGAGGAGGCGGGCAGCCCGGACAGCGGCAUCGGGGGCGGCGGGCACUUGAGGGUGAGUGCGGCGCCGAAGGGGUUAAGAGCCCCUGGAGGGGGCGGGGCAGGGAAAGGCGCGCGGCGGCGGCGGUUGAGGGGAAAGGGAUCCUUUUUUUAAAGGGUUCUGGCCAACGUCCGGCCGGCCCCGCCCCCUCGGGUGCUCUGUUUUUUUUGGUGUGUGUUUGAGUGCAGUUAAGUCACUUCCGCGAGUGAUUCACGCGCUGGGUGACGACACCUCCGCGCGCCAAAAGCGGGUGUGGGUGUGUGUGUAUUGAGAGGUCGUCCCCCCCCGCGCGCGCGCGCCUCCGCUUUUUCCCGCGUGGUAGCGCGCGCGCGCACGCUCGAAAUUCGCGGCUGGGCGCGGAGGAGCAGCUCCCUUUGGCACCUGCGGUGCUUAAAGAGGGCGCGCGCGCUCUCUCUGCGCCCUUUAAAUAACAACAACGACGGUAGCAACCUCCCCUCCUUAUGUCCCCCCUUUUCCCCAAUUUUUUUUAUUGAUUUUUACAACCUUAUAAACAAACAAACACAAAUAAAUCAUAAUCCUAUUAAAAAUUACACUUAUUAACAUUGUUAAGUGACUUCCUCGCAUCCCCUUGGUUGAAUUUCAUUGCAUGUCCUUUUAACGGUUUUCCAAAUCAUAGUUCUUAAAAUAAUUUAACUUAAACAUUAACAUCCUUAGAACUUCACAUUAUGGAAUUAAACCUAUUAAUUCAUCACUUAAAUUAAAUAAAAUCCUAAGCCAAUUAAGUAUCUGCAAGCUGUUUUCAGUUAGUUUAACUUAACAUGUUUAACUAAGUAAUCAUUAAAUUUGAUCCAAUCUUCCUGAUACUCCUCCUCCUUCUGGUCGCGGACUCUUCCGGUUAGGUCAGCUAGCUCCAAAAAAUCCAUCAUCUUCAUCUGCCAUUCUUCUUCGCCUCCUUAUGUCCGGUUGAUACAACUCUUAAAUAAACGGCAAUCUUCUGCUUCCUGAAUAUUUGGCAUACAUGUUUUGUUUCUUUUUACAUUUUACAUUUCUAACCCACCUGAGUCGGGGUUUGAACCGGGACCUCCCAGGUCCCAGCCGGAGGCUCACUUCUUUCUCCUUUGGCGAUCCGAGUAAUAAUAAUAACAAUAAUUUAUUAUUUGUACCCUGCCCAUCUGGCUGGGCUUCCCCAGCCACUCUAGGCGGCUUCCAACAAAGAUCAAAAAUACAUUAAAAUGUCACACAUUAACAACUUCCCUUCAGAUGUCUUCUAAAAGUUAGGUAGUUGUUUUUCUCUUUGACAUCUGGUAGGAGGGCGUUUCACAGGGCAGGUGCCACUACCAAGAAGGCCCUUUGCCUGGUUUCCUGUAGCUUUGCUUCUCGCAGUGAGGGCACCACCAGAAGGCCCUCAGCACAGGACCUCAGUGUCUGGGCAGAAGGAUGGGGGUGGAGACGCUUCUUCAGGUAUAUUGGAUCGAGGCCGUUUAGGGCUUUAUAGGUCAGCACCAACACUUUGAAUUGUGCUUGGAAACGUACUGGGAGCCAAUGUAGGUCUUUCAAGACCAGUGUUAUGUGGUCUCGGCGGCCGCCCCCAGUCACCAGUCUAGCUGCUGCAUUCUUCCAUUGCCACAGUCUUAACAAUGAGUCCGUAAGUGAUUGUGGAAGCCAAUUCUGGAUCCACACGUCCUUCCACAGUGGGGACAUUGGUUUCCAGGCGGGAGUUGAUCACGGUGAGGGUUUGCUAAGCAUGCCUUCCUCUUAGUACGUUUCGAGUGUCUUCAAAGCCCAUGACACCUUUGGUCCAGGCUGUUCUCCAAUUGGAGCACUCGCAGGCCAGUGUUUCCCAGUUGUUGGUGUUUAUACUACAUUUUUAUUAGAUAUGCCAUGAGACUUUAAACCUCUUUUGUUGACCACCAGCAUUACGCUUUCCAUUUUUAAGUUCAGAAUAGAGUACUGUAGUUGCUUUGGAAGACAAUAAUCAGGCAUUUGCACAACAUGACCAGUCCACCGUAUUUGAUGUUGAAGAAUCAUUGCUUCAACAGUGAUGAUCUUUGCUUCUUCCAGUACGCUGGAAUUAAUUCGCCUGUCUUCCCAAGUAAUGUGUAAAAAUUACGCCACACCAGCUUGGUAGAGAACACGUUUCCUGAAUAAGUGGCACACACAUACCCCCAGACAGCGGCUGCGAACACUGCUGCAAUUUAACAUCGUUCUUCGCUCUUUUUCUUUUGAGACUCGCAGAAAGGCAGGGAUAAGGGAGCCACACGCUGACCUAGGCGGGAGCAUCUUCACAAUGCCAGUCCCUCCAAGUGCCCUUGUGUUGGAGGGUAUGGAGAUAUGUGAUCCCUGAACUAAGGAGAUACAAUUCAAGGCCAGCAUUUAAAUAAGGGGAUAAGUAAUACAAUCUUUAGAAGAAAUCGAAAGGCAGCCUUGUAUAGGGAAGUUUUUAAAUGUUUAAUGUUUUAUUUGGUUUUUAUUUAUGUUGGAAGCCACCCAGAGUGGCUGAGCCUACCCUGUCAGAUGGUUGUGGUAUAAAUAAUAAAAUCAUUGGCAUUAUUAUAGAAUGAGAUGGCCCUGUUUUCAUUGGAGAAAUGUUGGACAGUAUGCAGUGCAAUGUCAGACUGGCAUUGUGCAAAUUGUCCAGUAAGAUACCAAGCACAAUAAGAUAUAAUUAGUUAUGUACGUAUUAAAUGUAUUGAUCGCAUAUUCAGCAAACAGGUGCUGACAAAAAUGCCAGUGUUUUGGGCUCUAGCAAGUUGUGACUGUAGUUUUGUGCCAGGAAAUGCCUGCAACAGCUCCACUGGCCUAUGAACUGAGGUCUAAUGCCCCACCACCUUUUAUAUAGUAGUUCUUGGGAAGCAUUUGAUAACGGCCUGUUUAUUUACCAGGAUGGGACUAGAAGAGGUCGACCAAGAGCAGACACCGUCCGAGAUCUAAUAAGCGAGGGAGAGCACUCUUCAAGCAGGAUUCGUUGUAGUGUUUGCAACAGAGUAUUCCCACGAGAAAAGUCUUUACAGGCCCACAAAAGAACUCACACUGGUAAGUGGAACAAGUCAAUAAGGGGGGAAAUCAAGCAUGGAUAUUCUGUCAAAGCAUGGGUCCUGGAGAAAAAUAGGCUAAAGUGUUAAUUGGAAUUUGUGAUAGGGUGGAAUUUCAUAACAUGAUACCGUCUGUUUGUAAUAGUACAACAAUGGCAUUGCAGCUACAAUCUGAAGUCCAGGUGAAUAAUAAUAAUAACAAUAAUAAAUUUUAUUUAUAUCCCGCCCUCCCCAGCCAAAGCCGGGCUCAGGGCGGCUAACAACAAUCAAAUAAUCCAACAUUCUAAAACAUUUCAUUAUAAAAAUUAAUUAAAAUCAAAUUAAUGGCAAUUAAUGAAGUAGCCUUGGAAGUAUUCAUUCCAAGGGUGUCAACUGGGAUAGAUCAGUUGGGAGUGGAUGAGACUCUUAAUCUCAGGGUUGUGGGUUCGAGCCCGACAAUGGGCAAAUGAUUCCUGCACUGUGAGGGGUUGGACUAGAUAACCCUUGUGGUCCCUUUCCAGCUCUAUAAUCGCUGACACUUAAAGAAAUGAGAGCAAGUAUUUCACACAUUUAAUCAUGUAAUAGAGGCUUCUUUAGUUUCUUCCUUGCUUAUAACUUUUUGUGAGAGAUACAUUUACGGUAAUUUGUGGGGAGGCUCAAAUAAUUCCCCUGAACUGCAACUGCAUGUGUUCCAUAUUUCCUUGUUGCUCUUCUGUAAACCUGUCUCUUAAUAAACACUGUAGCUUCACCAAAGUAUGGAAUAAUAAUAAUAAUAAUAUUUAUACCCCGCCUAUCUGGCUGGGCUUCCCCAGCCACUCUGGGCGGCUUCCAACAAAAUAUUAAAAUACAGUAAUGAAAUACUGUGAUAGUCUUUUAAUUACAUUUAUACUGGGCCUGGCUUCCAAGUGAACAAACACAAGAUAUCAUUUGGGGUGGGAAGUAGGUGGUUGGUUUGCAUCUUCUGUUUUUUCUCUUUCCUUAAACUCCUAAGUUGGUCACAAGGAUUCUGCUUCUUCAAGUUUAUCCAGGCAGAAGGCGACAACAAGACACUCUGAAGCUUUUGACACUUGCUUUGGAAUUAGGGCCACUAGCCAGCUAAGAUUUGGGAGUGAACCUAAGGCAGUUCAGGUGCCCGAUACAAAGGCUUGCUAGGUUCAACCCAGGAGAGCAGAAGUGAAGGAGGAAUGAUUUUGCAUUCUGCAGUUUCUCGUUUCUCCCCUGGCAUCCCCCCAAACAAGCCCCAUAUCGGGCCUACAGCAUCAAAGUUCUGACAUAUGUUGGACUAACACACUUCAGAUUUCAGGGUUGAUGCGGAAGGGAAAUCCAACAGCAGAACUCCCUGCUGUGUCAUCUCUGGCACCCUCCAAAGGGCUAUAGCAGGGAUCAGCAAACUUUUUCUGCAGGGGGCUGGUCCACUGUCCCUCAGACCUUGUGGGGGGCCGGACUAUAUUUUGAAGGGGCGGGAAUGAACGAAUUCUUAUGCCCCACAAAUAACCCAGAGAUUCAUGUUAAUUAAAAAGGCACAUUCUACUCAUGUAAAAACACGCUGAUUCCCGGACCGUCCAUGGGCCAGAUUUAGAAGGCGAUUGGGCCAGAUCCAGCCCCCAGGCCUUAGUUUGCCUACCCAUGGGCUAUAGGAUUUUCCUUUCAAUGCGAGAACUUUAAACCAAUGGGACUUCAAAGAAUCUUAACUUUGAAUAAUGCCCAUUCUGUUGAAUUGUUUAAAUGAGGAAAUAUAGGGUGCAUGGGCAUAGCCAGCCUGGGGGGUGGGGGGCAAAGAAGGGCAGCUGCUCCCCAGCAAUAAAAAUAGCAAACUGAGGUUCUGCCCCCCCCCAACAAAAAUCCUGCCUACGUCCGUGAUAGGAUGUACCUUUUGCAGUAACUUGGAAGCAGAGAAUGUAUAUCAGAGAGAUUAAUUAAAGGUGUGUAGUCAAGUAGCAUGCCAGCUAGAGCAUCAGCACUUGGUCCAUUCUGAAUUUUAUGUACAUCUUGGUUGUUGUCCCUUAAUUAUAUUUCAAAGUAACUAAAAACAUUUUAAAAUUUGACGGCUUUACAAUACUAACAAAAGUAACACACUUUUCAGAAUGAGUUUUCAGUGCUUUUAUUUCUACAAAUACCCUUUUCAACCCCAUGAUUGUUUUUUCCCCAGGUGAAAGGCCUUAUUUGUGUGACUACCCAGAGUGUGGGAAAGCUUUUGUUCAGAGUGGGCAACUUAAAACGCACCAACGUCUCCAUACAGGGGAAAAACCUUUUGUGUGCGCCGAAAAUGGUGAGCCAAGACAGAAUUAACUUUUGUUCAAAUAAACUACUGUGAAUACAAUUGGGAGUAAGACGUGCCUGCUUCUAAUAUGUAUUAUACGAGAGGGAAGGAAGAUUAUGUGUACUACUAGUUUGAAAAAAUAACAGUAUUAACAGUAAAAUAAAGUGCUUAAAAAAUCCAUUGAAAUCUAUGGGAGGGUGUUCAACUAAUAUUUAAUUCCUCAGCUAAAACUGGUGAUACUGAGUGCUUUACUUUGCCUGGAAUGUGUGAAAAGAAAGCAUUUUUGAAAGAAUGCAUCAUGUAGUGAAGCACUAAGACUGGGCGUGGGGGGGUUGGGAUCGCUGAAAAUGGUGAAAGCUGAAGCUGUGUGCUUGAAUACGGAGGAGGGGAGUAUUUGUGUAGGCCCCUUGCUUCCUUAGAAGGAAGGACCUAUGGGGAUUAUGUAGCUUGAAGGGGGGAAAGACAUUUCAUGGCCAGUCAGCAUGUGUGGCCAUAGGGCAAUAUAUCUUUGGAAUAAGUGGGGAGGGGCAUGCAACAGAAAUUUGGAAAGCUAAAGGGGCCCAGAACCUGAGAGUUUUAUACACUGAUGGGAACACGUAAGCCAGAAUUUUGGUUGCCAAGUACUAGUGUCUACUUUGUAACACUAACUACAGAAAAACUCCACUUGGUGUAUGUUUUGAAUGUUAUGUUUUCUGGGCCGAGCAGUGUUUGCGUUUUAAACAUGGAAAGAUAGUAGAAUGUCUUUGUUUAAAUUAUUGGUAUGUCUGUCUUGUCUUUUUAAUAAGGAUGCGUAAGCAGAUUCACGCAUGCAAACCGUCAUUGUCCCAAACAUCCAUAUGCAAAGCUGAGGAGAGAAGAACCAACAGACAGACUGAAUAAAAAGCAAACUGCAGAGAACAAAGCUGUUGCUGAAUGGCUGGCAAAGUAAGUUCUUUCAUAUAAAAUGCAAAGCUGUUUAUUAUUAUUAUUAUUAUUAUUAUUAUUUAAAAAAUACUUUGCAAUGUUUAAAAGCAAUUCAUAAAUUAAAUAAGUUUAAAAGCAUUGAGAAUUGAGAACAUUUUGUCAUGUCACUUUGGAUGUAUUGUAAGUAUGGCAUUUCAAACCACACUCGGCAAGUCUUAUUUUUUAAAGGCUUCUUAUUCCUUCUUACUUCACAGUCGUCUUUGCUUUGAAUGAACCAAUCCUUUCCUUAGCUUAAUCCAAGGGACUAUCAGGCUACAGUGUUUUCAGUUGCUAUUUAUAAUGCUAACAUUCAUCUUUACUGACAGGUACUGGGAGAUGAGAGAACAGCGCACUCCUACGUUGAAAAGCAAAACUACUCAUAAGCCUGACCAGGAGCAACAGGAUCCCAUGGAAUAUCUUCAGUCUGAAGAUGAGGAGGAGGAGGAAAAAAAUACUGCCCAUUCAGUUUCCUGUAGCCGCCUCCAAGAACAGCGCGAACGCUUGCAUGGAGCACUGGCACUAAUUGAGCUUGCCAACUUGGCUGGGGCACCAUUACGACAGUAAUAGACCAACGGGACCUGCUGAUAAAAAGUACUGCAUUUGGUACUUAAAACCAGUUAGCUCCUGGGCAUAAGCUAAGCACCUUAUUUGCUUCUAUAGGCUGCUAUUCUGUAGAAUUUAUGAAGAAUGUUGUUGCCCCAGGAAAUGGGGUAAGAGAAUUGCACUUUUUUUUUUGUAUGAGAAAGUCAGAUGUAAAGCUUUUUAAAGUAUUUUGUAAAUAGAAGACUGUAUAAUGCAGAGUGGGAAAUGCUCAUGUUAUGGAAAGCUAGAUUUGCAAAGUUAGGGCUUUGCUCUUAAUCACAAUUAUGUGGAAGUAAGUCACUGCAAUCAGUGGGGCUUGCCUCUAUGUAAAAGUGUGUAAAGUCAGAAUUCCUGUCAUUCUUUGAUAAAGUUUUCACAGGAAGCACUUUCUGAACUUAUUAGAUUAGAAUAAUGGUACGUACGUUCAAAGAAAAUAGUUGAAACUUUUUUUUUUAAAUUGGAUGUAAACAGUGAUGCAACCAUGGUUUUUCAAACAUCAAUAUUUUACCUAGCAUUGCUCGCAAGAAUGCUAGAAAUCGCUGUUGUAACCUUAUAGCAGCAUAGAAUAACUGGGUAGUAUGUUGUUCAGAUUCUUCGCUGUGACUACUGACAUGGAGACUGACUUUCCUUUUAGUAGGCUGAGGUCUUGGCAGUCUUUUGGUUGAGUAGCACUUCUUGUUCCCAACAGAAUAUUGGGAACAUUUGCACAUUGUUGGACUCACCUAUAACUGAGUGAUACAUCUUGCAAAUUCUAGGCAUCAUGGUAACAUUCCAUCAGUUGAGGAUUUCUUUCAGAUUUAAACCCUAGAGCAAUGGGAUUUGUUUUUGGUAAUGGGGAUAUUUACAGGGUAGCAUUUUAGUAAAAGACAGCAAACACUAAUACUGCUUCAGAAGAUUUUAAUUGCAGAUAGAUAUUUCUUGCAUAACGCCACCUUAUUGCUUCCAUUUGAAACAUCACAUACCAAGUUUUGUGUUCACUAGCUAGUACAGUUAUUGAUAAAAGUAUUUGCUAUACAAUUAGUAAAUUAGGCUUCCGGAAGUAGUUGCAAGUGUGAGAUGUAUGGAUUAGUAUUUUUUCCCCUUUCCCCCCAAAUUAAGAUAUAGGGAUAGCAUUUAGUGCUCUUGAGCACUCAACGGGGAAAAAAGGUAUAGCCUUAAUAGUUUUAAGUUAUCAUAUGCCAGGCAUGUGCCUUUUAUAGCAAUUUGUGAUCAAAUUGAGUAGAGGUGCAUAAUAGACUAAGAGAAUUUUAUGCUCCUGUUUUUAGAAAAAAAUUAAGGCUAUUGGCAUAAAAAUAUAAACUAUGUGAUACUUGUCCUAACAACCACCUAUUAUUUAAGAAUUUGUUGGACUUCAUUCCUUCUGACCACAACAAAUGAGCAAAGAAUGUUAUUUCCCAAUAUAAAGUUUAAUUACAGAUGUCUUGUCAUUGGCAAGAUAAAGAUACAUUUCCAGGGUUAUACUUAUAUAGUGUCAAAGUCAUUUUUGUAUAUCCUUAAGAAUUAUGUAUUAAUGCUGGCAAACAGCUAGAAAGGGGGAAGGUAGUGCAGUAGAUGGAUUUAAAUUACACUGUCACUUUUGGGCUUGUUAAUUUCUUAUGUUUGUUUGCCACCUCUGAUUCUUUAAAGCAAAGCACUUCAAUCUGGAUUUUUCGAGCACAUAACAAUUGACAUGAAGUCCUUGGGAAAAAAGGCUAAGGACCCUCAAAUGCCAACUUUGAUGCUUUCCCCGAAAGGGGAAAAACAUUUUGCACUUCAUGGAAUCCAACUGAUAACUUAAAGGUAAACUUACGACUGCAACAUCUGGUAUUGCGAGCAAGACCUAGUUCAUUGUUGGUACACACAAACACAUCCCCUUUUUUCAAUCUAUAUUUACACAGAAUGCAUAUUGAAAAUAUGCAUUUAAUUAUUUUUUUAAAAGAAAACCCUGCAUACUGACUAGCUCUAGGCUAGUUGAGCUGCUUUACCAAUUAUGUAUAAAAUACAUCUUUGGGAAAACUCCAGAAUAAGUUACAUUUGUGAAAAAGAUGGGCUUUUUGAAAUGGUGGUUCAAGAAUUCUCUGCUUCAUAUGAUUAAGCUGUACUUUUGGCAUGAAUUAAAAUGCUGUAAUUCUAAUAAGCUUUGAAUAAAAAGUUGCCUGAGUUUUAAAACUGUUUAUGAUGAUACUGUUGCUUGUAUCCUUGAGAUCGUAUGCUACAUUCAGAAGUUCUGGUGCAUGCACAAUAGUUCUGUGUCUCUGACUCUUGUACACUGAAGAACUGGUUGGUACAGUUCUCUCUCUGAUUUAUUUAACAGUUAUUUAACAGGAAAUGCAAAGCACCUUGUGUGCAUUUGAAACCUUGACUAAUAAGCCUGUUUUUGUUCAUAUGCUUUCUUAAGGGCUGGCUUAUUCUAUCACUGGAAAAUAUUUUUAUUAAACUGUGAGUGAGGAGAAGGAGCUACAAAUACAGCCGUGGGAAAAAGAAAGUGCUCUUUGAAUUCUGUGGUUUUGCAUAUCAGUAUCAGGACAUAAAAGCAAUCAUUUGUUCCUUAGCAGGUCAUAAAAUGGGAUACAUACAACCUCAGAUGAACAACAACACAUAUUACAUCAUGUCAUGAUUUAUUUAAGAGAAAUAAAGUCAAGGUGGAGAAAUCAUGUGUGACAAUCGAAGUACACCCUGACUGCUUCCGUAGGAAUUAAGAGGCUAAGUAGCAAACGGGUUGCUAAUCAAAUGCCCUUGCUUAAUUGACCAUCAGCAAGUGUACCACUUGUCAUUGUUCUAUAUAUUUGAUCAGUUUGUG